AUGGAUGAAGGCAGGAGCUUACCUAAGAGGCCGUGGGAUACCUGCCGCGAGGUUCCCGUCAUUGAAGAUGAGCAGACGCCAUGGAAGAUGAUCAAACUGCUAAAGAUCAUUACUCUCUGUGUGGUUGCCUUGAUUGUGUUUGGGUUGGCUGUUUGUAGCAAGACGUCUUUCCUCCUCCUCAUCACCUUGUCCAAUGAAGGCACCAAGACCCUCCCACCUGAGCAGAAACCCGUCACUCUGCUGUGUAUCGGCUGCGCUCUCAUCACCUCCAGUGUGCUCCUCUUACAAAAGAGUCUCUGGAAGGCGUGUUACAAAUCCUCAAAGCUACCAGCCAAAAAAACUGUAGCUUUGGUCCUGUUCUUUGAGUUCCUGGUGGCUAUGGGUGCAGCGAUUCUCACCAUAGUGGCAAUGCCACACUUGGACAUCGUGACCAACGUGACGAUUCUGAAUGGUGUAGCCGUCAUCUCCGCGCUCCUACAAGUGAUCACUCAGUGCUCUGCCAAAGAAAGGAACCGCUUCCUGCUGCCGUCCAUCAUCGCCUUUGUCCUUAUUUUGCUGGGAUACGCCCUGUUCCUCUUCCUAUACAUCAUGAAGGAUCCUACUGAUUUUAAGAUGAUCAUUUGGGUGGGUCUGGCUGUUGGUGCGUCCUUCUUGGUGUCUUUCAACUGGUGGGAGGGCUACUUGAGACUUAUCAGCAAGAGCAGCAGCUCUGUCUUCCUGAGAGAGCUGUGUAGAGACAUGAGAAGGUGCCAGAACAUGCUAAACAUCCUCACCAGCCUGCUCAGGAUUGCUGUGACCACCUGUGUGAUCGGAGCCUACGUCCCUCUGGUCAAAAUGGACUGGAACAUUGUGACCUCCUUACCGAGCCGUGAGGCAAAAAUUAUAGCCAUCAUCAUCGGGGUCCAGCUGAUCUCAUCUGCACUCUGCCACUGGUUUUCUUUGGUAGCCUGCAAGAUGCAUGCCCUGCGCCGAUGCUUCAUCCUGCCUUUGUACCUGGCCUCCCUGGCCGUCAUAGUUCUGUUCGUCGUCCCCGUUAUCGUUUACUAUCAAGACUACAGAACUAGUUUGAACGGGACUUCAAUCAACUUCUCAGGCUACUGCAAUCAAGUUGUGGAUGGAAGAAACCCAAGCCUGAAUGGCAGUGUGUUCCCACAGCUGGUUUUGGAUGUCACACACACUCUGUGCUUCCUGGACAUGUCCAAGAUAGCUGACAUUGGACUACUGACAGGCUCUGCACUGUCCUGGUGGCUCGGUCUUGUGUUGGCCACUCUCCACCUCUGGUACCUCAGUCUGUAUCGCAUCCAGAGGACUCAGGACCUGUUCAUGAGAAGGCUAUAUGAAGGAGGAUUUUUAGAGCAAUCACUGCUUCUAAACACUCGAUUUGACAUCCAGACGACUGCAAAGCAGAAGAAAUUCACACCACUCGACCCGGUGAAGGUAUUCCUAUGUGCGACCAUGUGGCAUGAAACCUACGACGAAAUGAUGAAGAUGCUUAUUUCAAUAUUUCGACUGGACAAGUACAGGCCGAAGAAGGAAGGGGAAAAAAGUGAUGUGAACUUAUCUUAUUAA